CCCCGGCCGCCACGCCCCCUCUGUGACGCCCCGUUGCUAGGCUGCCCCCUGCCGGCGCGGACGGCGUCCUGCGCGCAGCGGGAGCGACCGGAGCUGCCGAGCGGCGGCCGGCGCUCGGGGCUCGGCUCUUCUCGCCCCUUCUCCGCCCGGUUUUUCCCCGGGGAGACCGCCCGGGGCUCGGCAGAGCCCGCCGGGCGCCAUCCCCGCGGCGGCAUGCAGCGGCUCUUCUCGUUCUGCCUGGGGAGGGUGCGGCGGCCGCCGCCCUCCGACGGCGAUGCCGGACCCUGCGCCGCCGAGACCUCCGAGGUCCGGGAGAAGCCCCGGGGCGGGCUGCACGGCGCGGCCGCCGGAGGUGACCUGGCCCGGCUGCAGCGGCACUGGUGGAGGAAGAGAUUCCGCAUCAACGGGCGGGACGCGGAGAAGCAGACGCCUCUGCACCUGGCUUGUGCGAACGGCCAGGCAGAUGUCGUCCGAUUCCUAGCAAGAAAGAAAUGCCAGCUAAACCCUCGUGACAGCUUUAAGAAAUCACCGCUGAUGAAGGCAGUAGAGCACCAGCACAAAGACUGCGUGGCUAUUCUGCUGGAGCAUGGUGCCAACCCUAACCUCAGAGAUGCUAGCGGCCACACUGCGCUUCACCUGGCUGCCAUCACUGCUAGCAAACCCCUAGUCGAGCUGUUACUUGAGCACAAUGCCGAUAUUGAAGCUCAGAAUAAGUUGGGAUACACUCCGCUUACUGUUGCGAUCGCCGAGCGCUCUGAAGAGUUGGUGGAGUUCCUUCUUCAAAAAGGAGCUGACGUGCAUGCUCAAGAUAAGAAUAAAAGGACCACUCUUAUGGUUGCUGCUCUUGCUGGGGAUAUGAAUAUAAUAAAAAUUCUUCUGCAGUAUGGUGCUGAUCUUUCUCAGGAAGACCUGUCUGGCUGCACAGUUCUACAUUACGCCAGAGCGUCUCGGCAUGCUGUUAUAGAAAAGCAACUGGAGCAAUACAUGGGCUGUGAAAUGAGGGGAGAAUGUUCUGCAGGAGGCACAGAAGGCCCAGCAGUACUUGACAGCUCUUGCUCUGGGAAGAAUGCUGACUCUCCCUUGGGCACCCCUACACUGACCGGAGCAGGUGCCUUCCCAGCAGCAGGAGCACAAGAAGAGGAAGAUGAUGACUCCUCUUUUGAAUAUGAGUCGGAUUGUGAAGCUCCAGCGAAAGCGUCGGCCGACGAGCUGCCUCCUGCUGCAGAUGGAAAGGGAGCGUGCGCGCAGCCCGUUGCAGAGGAGAGCGGCAACGGUGUCUUCCCAGCAGCAGGAGCACAGGAGCAAGAUGAUGACUCCCCUUUUGAUUCUGAGUCGGAUUGUGAAGCUCCAGCGAAAGCGUCGGCCGACGAGCUGCCUCCUGCUGCAGAUGGAAAGGGAGCGUGCGCGCAGCCCGUUGCAGAGGAGAGCGGCAACGGUGUCUUCCCAGCAGCAGGAGCACAGGAGCAAGAUGAUGACUCCCCUUUUGAUUCUGAGUCGGAUUGUGAAGCUCCAGCGAAAGCGUCGGCCGACGAGCUGCCUCCUGCUGCAGAUGGAAAGGGAGCGUGCGCGCAGCCCGUUGCAGAGGAGAGCGGCAACGGUGUCUUCCCAGCAGCAGGAGCACAGGAGCAAGAUGAUGACUCCCCUUUUGAUUCUGAGUCGGAUUGUGAAGCUCCAGCGAAAGCGUCGGCCGACGAGCUGCCUCCUGCUGCAGAUGGAAAGGGAGCGUGCGCGCAGCCCGUUGCAGAGGAGAGCGGCAACGGUGUCUUCCCAGCAGCAGGAGCACAGGAGCAAGAUGAUGACUCCCCUUUUGAUUCUGAGUCGGAUUGUGAAGCUCCAAUGAAAGUGUCGGCCGGUGUAUGGCUUCCACCUGCAUACAAACUUGGAGCAUGGGCGCAGGCCUUUGCAGAGAAGAGCGGCAACGGUGUCUUCCCAGCAGCAGGAGCACAGGAGCAAGAUGAUGACUCCCCUUUUGAUUCUGAGUCGGAUUGUGAAGCUCCAGCGAAAGCGUCGGCCGACGAGCUGCCUCCUGCUGCAGAUGGAAAGGGAGCGUGCGCGCAGCCCGUUGCAGAGGAGAGCGGCAAACGGUAA